UGCUGGGAAAAUUAUAUCGCAACAUCCAACUCGAUAAACAUGCAAAGGAUCCUUUGCUAAAAUAUAAUGAAAUAACUAUAGAUGAUGAUUUUGUUUUUGAAGGAUUUCAAGACUAUUUAGAAGAAGCAAUCACUUGUCGUGAUAAUUAUAAUAAUGAAAUUCGAAGCCUUAUGAAAAAAUAUAAUGUUAAAACUGAAGCAGAAGUUUUGACUGCACAAUUAUUAGGACUUCGAAAUAAUGAUAGUAAGAAAGCCAAAGAAAAUCGAAAAUCGAUUUCCGGAACUUCAUCUUUCAUAAUCCAUCAUUAUCGCAAAGUAUUCUUGAUGAACUUGCAAGAAGCUCAUAACAUUCAUGAUACUGAUAAUGAGGUAUCACCAUUCAAUUUAGAUAUAUCUAUUCCUAUAAACGAGAAAUCAAAAGCUAAAGCUUCGGCAUGGUAUAUCGUCACAUAUUGCAAAAAUGAAUUGCCUUAUAAUGGAAAAUUUAAGAUUACUUUAUUAAGUUUUCCUUGGGUUGUAUCAGAUGUAUUAUUAGCAAUCCGUAGGGAUAAUAAACUGGCUAGAG